CACAGAUGCCAAACGAAUAAUCGGUCGAUCCUGGACGGACGGCCAUGUACAGGAUGACCAGAAAAUCUGGCCCUUCAUGUUGGUGGAAAAGAGCGGCGCGCCGUGGAUCCUGGUCGACGCCGGUGACAAGAAGGAGGUCUUUGCCCCGGAGGAGAUUUCUGCGAUGGUACUACGGAAUCUGAAGGAGACGGCCGAAAGCGCGCUUGGCGAGCCAGUGAGCAGGGCCGUCAUCACUGUCCCCGCUUACUUCAACGAGCGUCAGCGGCAGGCCACCAGGGUCGCGGGCCAAAUCGCUGGGCUGCAGGUGCUGGCCAUGAUCAACGAGCCCACCGCGGCCGCCAUCGCCUACGGCCUGGACAAGAAGUCCGCCAGCAAGAAGACGGUGUUCGCGUUCGACCUCGGUGGAGGCACCUUCGACGUCUCCGUCAUGGUCAUCGAGGGUUCCGAGUACAGGGUUGUGGCCGCGGGUGGAGACACGCACCUCGGCGGCCAGGACUUCGAUACCCGGCUGUUACGCCACUGCAUCGCGGAGAUCCGCGAGCGGCAUGGAGUAGACUUGGAGGCGCUCAAUGACCUCCAGGGGCUUCAUGACCUUCGGAAGGCUUGCGAACUGGCCAAGCGCAAGCUUUCUACGCUCCCGGAAGUGCCCAUUGCUUUGUACUUCGCGCGCCAGGGUGUCGGCUUCAACACCAAGAUCAGUCGCGCCCUUUUCCAAGACCUUUGCGCUGACCUGUUUCAAAAGACCCUGGACCUCUCCAAGGAGGUCCUGGCGGAUGCAAAGGUGGGUUGCGACGCCAUCGACGAGGUGGUGCUGGUUGGGGGCUCCACCCGCAUCCCCAAGGUGCGCACCAUGCUGUCGGAGCUCUUUGGCUGCAAGGAGCUGUGCCGGUCCAUCAACCCCGACGAGGCGGUCGCCUACGGGGCCGCGGUGCACGCCGCCGCCCUCACGACGGACUCGAUCGGCGGCACCAGCGCGGUCCAGCUCAGGGACGUGACCCCGCUGUCGCUCGGGGUCAACCUCGAAGGAGGGGCCUUUUCGGUGGUCAUCAAGAGGAACAGCCCCAUCCCCUGCAAAAACACCAUGAAGUACGUCAACGUCUACGACAACCAGACUUCAAUUACAGGCUUUAUAUACCAAGGCGAGCGCCUCGUCGCUAAGGAGAACCACUGCCUGAACAAGAAGUACGUGGUGAAAAUACCUCCCAAGCCUGCUCGUGAAGCCUCCAUCAACGUCACCUUCGAGAUCGACAGGAAUGGCCUGUUGACGGUCACAGCCGUUGAUCCAAUAACCAACAGUCAAGACCAGGUUCAGAUCACGCCCUUGGAGGUACAUCUGAGCGAGAAGGACAUUGGUGACAUGAUUGAAAAGGCCAAGCGUUUCCAGCGGCAGGACGUCGAAAAGCUGUCCUUGAUCCAACAGUCACUUGAAAAGAAACCACGGUUGUAUUAAGUUCUUAUACUGAAAAUAUCUAAUUUUCGGAAGGUC